GUAUGGAAAAAAAAAGAGAAACACCAUAAGUAUAGGACAAGAAUCAGUAAAUCUAAGUGAUCCCACCAGAUCGUAAAUCAUCGAUCCAUAAAGCUGACCUUUUAAACUUGCGCUUCUUCCUUGAACCGUAACCAAUUUACGUCCGCGCGCGAUUGCGUAGAACAGAUUGGCAUUGAUUGAAUGAGCGCUGAUGAACGCUAAAACUAUUAUUACAUAUCCAGACUUUACGCGUCUUCUGAAGUACAGUAUGAUUCACUAUGUCCGUGUUCGCUUUUAAGUAGGACUUUUCUUGUAAUGAAAUAUCAAAAAUAAUCUUAGUACUAUUUCUAUAAUACCACUAGGUAAUUCUGUUCUACGUGUAACAAAAAAUUGGAUUAAUUUUUUACAUUUUAAAUAGUGUUAUAUAUAUUCGGGUACUAGUAUUAAAGUAUAUGUGUUAAUUGCUGUAUUUUUCAAUCACUACUAAUUAGCACGUUCUACGGGAAACCAGUUCAGUUUCUUGCGGGCAUGGUAGGCAAAAGGAUAUGGUGAUUUAAUAAGUUUAUCUCGAAAAACGUUGAAUUUUAUUCGAAAUAUAUUUGUAAUAAUAAUAUUCUGAAAAAUGUAUAUACGUGAUCGACUGUCUGCGUGUUUUAUAAUUUUUGUAUAUAUCAUAAUACUUAGUGCGCCAGGUAAAAGUUUAGAGUGUCGCGACGACAAUAACAAACCCAUCGACUGGUACGUCGCUUAUAAGAUACCGAAGAUGUCCGAUAGCAGCAACCCUUUGAUAAGACAAGGUGUCGCGUAUCUAUAUAUGACAAGCGAUUCUUCAUCGUCUGGCUGGCAAUUGUCUUCAAAGGAUAUAAGUUCAAAGGACUCUAUUGCUGGUUAUACGCUAUCGCCACUUUAUAAAAAUGAAAACAGCUCGGAUUUAUGGAUACUUUACAACGAUCAGCCACCAAACAAAGCUCCAGCAACAAAAUAUGGUCACACCAAAGGAGUCGUUAUGGUCAGUAGCAAACAGGGAUUUUGGCUGAUCCAUAGCGUCCCUUUAUUUCCAUCUGUUCCUAAGGACGGCGUAGAUCUUUCUAAAAGCUCUGGAAAAUCCGAAAUGGACAUUCCUUCUGAAGGGAAAUACGAUUAUCCUACAUCCGGAAAGCAUUUCGGACAGACUUUCUUAUGUAUAUCUAUGAAUAAGGAUCAGUUUGAUGUUGUCGGACAGCAACUGAUGUACAAUCAGAUUGUACCUUAUCGUAUUAAUCUACCGGAAACAUUGAAAAAACAGUACAGUGUGUUGGCUGAUGCAGCAAGAAAGAAGAGGAUUAAGAACCCUCCUUAUAAUCACAAAGUCUCAAUCAAGAGUUUAGAGGAAAUUGAAUUUUUGUCAUUCGCCAAGAGCGAUAAAUGGCAGAAAGAUCUUUAUGAUGAUUUCUUGGCGCCACAACUGGGCGUUGAUUUAUUGACGGAAACGUGGUUGAAUGGCCGGGGUAAAUUACCGUCAGAAUGUAAUGGAUCGAAAGUCAUGAACGUAAAAUCGGUGAUUUUAGAGAAGGCCAAUGUAAAUUUUAAAAGCAGCCACGAUCAUUCAAAAUGGGCUGUAUCCAAUAAUAAUAAAAAGAAUCAUAAUUGGAUAUGCAUUGGCGAUGUUAACAGAGCAGACACACAAUUCAAUAGAGGAGGCGGUGCUGUGUGCUUCAAUUCUCUGAACGUCUGGCGAACAUAUCGUGGUUCUGUAAAUGACAUAGAGCCAUGUCCUAAGAAAAAAUUUAGUUUAAUAAAUUGGGUUAAAUCUUGGUUUUGAUAUCUUGGUGCGAAGUCUAUAUUGAACAUUAAUUUGUUUAAACUAUAAACCGGUCAUCAGAUAUUAGACAUAUAUUUGUGAAUUAACCUAUAAUACUCUUUUUUAUAGGGAUCAAUAAUGUAAGAUGACAAUAAUAAAAUAUUAGAUAAUAGAUAUAA